AUGGAAGUGAACAAAGAAGAUAUCUGCGAGCUGAACAAAAACAGCUACCCCAAUUUCUACCUGGCUGACUUAUUUUACAUUUUGCAGCUGACACAUAUAUCUCCAGAUGAGAAGAGCGAAACGUGGAUAAAGCUGCAAGAUGAAAUAAAAAGAAAUAACAUGUACCCAUAUUAUAAGUAUGUAUGCGAAGAAUUGAACAUUGCUGUAGACCAGGACCUUUACAAUUCUUUAAAAAAAAAUGCAGACGAAGAGAUUAGCGAAAUUGAGAAGAAGAUCCAAGAGGCCUCCGAGAAUUUUGACUCUGUUGACACCAAAAAUGAUGUUUUACUCAAGGCAAAUUUUUUUUGCAAAAUUGGAGACAAGGAAAAUGCACUGAAGGAAUACGAAGAAGUGUACAAAAAGGGCAUAGGGAUUGGCGUCAAACUGGACAUCCUCCUCACGAUAAUACGAAUAAGCAUCUUCUUUAACGACUUGAAAAACACCAAGAAGUAUUUGGAGCAGGCAAGAACGCAGAUGGAGAAAGGAGGGGACUGGGAAAGAAAAAACAAACUCAAAAUUUACGAAGCUUUGAAUUACAUUAUGAUUAGGAACUUUCCUGAAGCCUCCAAAAUUCUGAUCGAUGCUGCAUCAACAUUUACCGCAACGGAAAUCAUUUCAUAUGACGAAGUUAUAUUUUAUGUUGUCAUUCUGGGAAUUAUGACCGAGGAGAGAACCGUGUUGGAUAAAAAAAUUCUGAACAGCUCAGUAAUUUUGCAGGUCACGAGCAGUGAUGACGAUUUGCACAGUUAUAUAUCCUCCUUUUACCACUGCGAUUAUCGAACUUUUAUGGAGAAGACAAUCCAAAUAGCCAUGCGAGUGAAGAGGGACAAAUACCUGGGAAGGCAUUACCGAUAUUUUAUUCGAAACACGAGGGUGAGAGCUUAUAGGCAAUUCCUGGAGCCUUUCAAAAGCGUCACGCUUAAGAACAUGGCGUACGCCUUUGGGGUCAGUGAGGAAUUUAUUGAGAGAGAAAUUUCGUCCUUCAUCGCGAAUGGGAAGUUGAACUGCAAGAUUGACAAGGUGAAUGGUUCGAUAGAGAGCAACCAGCCCAACGAGCGGAACACGCUGUAUCUGAACACGAUUAAAAAGGGGGACAUUCUACUAAACAGGAUACAGAAGCUGUCCAGGGUUAUUGACAUGUGA